UUCACUUUCAGGGGGGGGGGGUGUGUGUACAUGGUAAGCACAUAAUCCCGCCUGCUCCUUUAUUUAAACGCUUCCAUGAGCUGAAUCCUCUUUUAUUUUUUUCCUCUGCCUUUCCGUCAUCCUUUUUUUGACAUUUUUUUUUUUUUGAUGAAUCAUUACCCAGUGCCUCCGUUGCUGGAUCCUGGUACACAGAGCCGGAUUGUGCGCAGAUUUUUACAUUUCCUUUGCAUCGGCGUUUGCAAUAUGAUCAGUGCUGUGACUGGUGAAAUGUCUGCAUGCACAGAGAAGCGCAGACACAUACAUUUUGGGAUGUGCGCGGCAGCCGACAGCGAAUGGUUCUCCUCCGGAUGUUAGGACAGCCACCCAGCUAAAGAGAGCAGACAGCCCUUGAGUCUAUCUGGAUCAUGGAUUUAAGGUGGGAGGGAAGAUGUAGCUGAGGCCAGAGGAGGACGAGAAGCCUGACAGCUCCCAGCCUCAGGUACCUCCUGUGGGGGCGGGUGGGCCUCAGAAGCACCGCCUCACCAUGUCCAAGAGGCCCUCCGGCGGCCGAGCCAAGGGGGACCGACCCGACGCUUUAGCCGCCCUGCAGGCAGCCAACGAGGAGCUGAGGGCCAAACUCACAGACAUCCAAAUUGAACUUCAGCAAGAGAAGAGCAAGAUCAGCAAGAUCGAGCGGGAGAAGACGCAGGAGCUGAGGCACGAGCAGCACAAGUCGACGGUGGUAGUGACCGAGCUGAAGGCCAAGCUUCACGAGGAGAAGAUGAAGGAGGUGCACUGCGUGCGCGAGACCCUGCUGCGGCAGCACGAGUCCGAGCUCCUGCGGGUCAUCAAGAUCAAGGACAGCGAGCUCCAGAGGCUGCAGGCCCUGGUCAACGCCCUCCGGGACGGCUCCACCGAGAAGGUCAAGACGGCGCUCUUCGCCGAGGCCAAGGAGGAGGCGCGCCGCGGCUUCGAGACGGAGAAGACCCGGAUGCAGCAGGAGAUAUACGAGCUGAAGGGGGUCAGGAGGCAGAUGGAGGAGGCCCUGAGCCUGGCCGUGCAGGCGGACAAGAUCAAGGCCGCGGAGAUCCGCAGCGUCUACCACCUGCACCAGGAGGAGAUCAACCGCAUCAAGAAGGAGUGCGAGAGGGAAAUCCGCAGACUGAUGGAUGAGAUUAAGGUAAAAGACAGAGCAGUCUACAUGAUGGAAAAGGAGCUGGGAGUCCAAGCUGGGCAGACUCAGAGGCUCCAGCUACAAAAAGAGGCUCUAGAUGAGCAACUUGGCCAGAUCAGGGAGGCUGAGCGACAUCUGGCCAGCCCCAAACGAGAAGCUCCUUAUGCAAGUGGUGCAGGAGACGCCUCUGAUCAUUCAGGAAGCCCUGAACAGCAGCUGGAUGAGAAAGACACGCGGCGCUUCCAGCUUAAAAUCGCCGAAUUAAGCUCCGUCAUCCGCAAACUGGAGGAUCGCAACGCUCUGCUUUCAGAAGAACGCAACGAGCUUCUCAAACGCCUUCGGGAAGCUGAGAGCCAGUACAAGCCUCUACUGGACAAGAACAGGCGACUCAGCCGUAAAAACGAGGAGCUGGCUCACGCCUUCAAGCGCAUGGAGAACAAGCUGAGAUUCCUCACCCAGGAGAACAUUGAAAUGAGAGAGAAGGUAGGAACCAUACGCCGCCCGAGCUCUCUAAACGACCUGGACCAAACCCAGGAGGAGCGGGAGAUUGAGUUUCUCCGACUGCAGGUGCUGGAGCAGCAGAACAUUAUUGACGACCUGUCUAAGGCACUGGAGACUGCUGGAUAUGUGAAAACUGUUAUUGAACGGGACAUGCUGUUGCGCUACAGGCGGCAGAGGAAGAGGAUGAUCAAGCCCUGUAAGCCGGUCGUGGAGACAUUCUUUGGGUACGAUGAAGAAGCGUCUCUGGAUUCCGAUGGGUCCUCUAUCUCCUACCACACAGACAGGACGCCCUGCACACCAGACGAUGAUCUCGAAGACGGGAUGAUUAAAGAGGAGACAGAGCUGAGGUUUCGCCAGCUGACCAUGGAGUACCAGGCUCUCCAGCGGGCCUAUGCACUCCUGCAGGAGCAAGUUGGGGGAACGUUUGAUGCCGAGAGAGAAGUCAAGACUAGAGAACAACUGCAAGCGGAACUGAUUCGUUACCAAACCAGAAUAGAGGACCUUGAGAGUGCAUUGUGUCAGCAAGGCCAGGACGUGAAAUGGAUUGAAGAGAAGCAAGCCUUGUAUCGCAGGAACCAAGAACUCAUAGAUAAGAUGAAAGUUAUGGAGACGGAAGAAUCCCGUCUGAAGCACGACAUUCAGGAUGUCAAAGACCAAAAUGAACUUUUGGAAUUCCGUAUUUUAGAACUUGAAGAGCGGGAGAGGCGGUCCCCAGCCAUAAACUUCCACAACAUACACUUCCCAGAAGGCACCAGUCCCCUGCAGGUGUACUGCGAGGCAGAGGGCGUCUCGGAUAUCGUCAUCACUGAGCUCAUGAAAAAGCUGGACAUUCUGGGAGAUAACGCCGUAAGUAAUCUCACCAAUGAGGAACAAGUGGUCGUCAUUCAUGCAAGGACUGUAUUGACCUUAUCAGAAAAGUGGCUUGAGCAAAUUGAGGUCACCAAAUCGGCUUUACAACAGAAAAUGGUGGACAUUGAGAAUGAGAAGGACCUGUUCUGCAAACAGAAAGGCUAUUUAGAUGAAGAGCUGGACUAUAGGAAGCAGUCAAUGGAUCAAGCGCAUAAGAGGAUCCUGGAGCUGGAAGCCAUGCUGUUCGACGCGCUGCAGCAGGAGGCCGGGGCCAAGAUGUCAGAGCUGCUGUCAGAUGAGGAGCGGGAGACGCUGCGGCAGGCCGUGGAGCAGUGGAAGAGGCAGGUGAUGAGCGAACUGCGUGAGAGGGACGCCCAGAUCCUGCGGGAGAGGAUGGAGCUGGUGCACCACGCCCAGCAGAGAAUAAAAGAACUGGAAGAAUGGAUAGAAGCACAGAAACGACAAAUAAAAGAAUUAGAGGAAAAGUUUUUAUUUUUAUUUUUAUUUUUUUCUCUAGCCUUCAUUCUGUGGUCAUAGUCUCUCCGGCACCACAGAGCAGGUCUGCAGGCAAUUUUAUAUAUUUUAUAAAAGAAGACAUGAAUCGUCCAAGAUCUCUCCUGGUGUCCUGCCCACGUUGGUGAAGAUGUGUAUUUUUUUGUGUGCAGAGAAGCCGGGAGACGAAGCAACAAAAGGAAAUCUCCAGUACUGUGGAUAUAAAACACCCUUGCCGAAUAAUAAAACUGUUUUGCGAAAUAAGCUCACGAAUGGUAACAUCCCCGCCUGGGAAGUUUGGAACUGGGGAGUGUCGAAUCCUUGCGCACGGAAUUUAAGGACUCUUACAUAGCUGAUUUUUUGGGUUUGUUUCUUUGUUUGUUGUUGUUGUUUUCCCUGCUGAGCAGGCGACGCACGAGGCUGCUUCCCUGUGGAAGCAUGAAGAUGGAGAGACUCGCUGUAUCCGGCCGGCGCCCGCUGGUGUACACGCAUGUUCUCUGCCUCACAUUCACCGGGGAGGGGGGAGGGCUGGGGUCACGACCUUUGAGGUGUCACGCCGCAGAGCAACAUGCUCAGUCUUGAAAGUGUUUGAAAGGAAAUAUAAGCUAAAAAAUGGAAUUAUGUUUUUGUUCCCCCUUCAGUGUAUAUGGUGAGAUUUUAAUAUAUUUCUCAGAAGACGGAGGUGCGAUGGGUCCCAUUUUUGAGUGGAUGGAGUCUCAAGCAAAGCUUUUUAAAAGAAAUUCUAUUUGACCAGAUAUAUUUACCUCAAUCACUUGGUGCUUGCUAGACAUUGAUGAAAGCACUGUGGACAGGACCCUCAAAUUGUUCUCACACCUAUAUGAUGAUGACAUUGGGGGAAAAAAUGUGUCUACUCUGCAAGUAGGCCUGAAAAACGUAUUUCGUCCUGCAGUGUUGUUUAAAGAGGGUGCUCAGAAGAACUGAAGAUAGUAGGCGAGAGACUAUAAGGCAUGUUUGAAUUCUUGAAUGAAUGAGCUGUUAAUUCCUGGUGUUAAAACCAAAUAAACAAGACCCAAUCUCAACAAAUUGAGAAAACCUAAAAAUAAGUCUUAAAGUCAACAGUGAGAUCUUAUAAUGCAGUAUUAGCGCUCAUAUUGGCCACAUAGCAACACAGUCCACAGGUGAGAAGUUAACAAGAUGCUAAAUAUCACACAUUCUCUUUUCAUUGACAGUAUAUCAUAUAGCCUAUACCUUCAAUACAUACCUUGGUGUACAGUGACUGUAAAUGUUGAAAUACAAAUAUACUUUUUUUAAGUAUUACAACUUACAACAAUUAUAAAGAAAAUAUUGGUGCCAAAUACUUUUGACAGCCUGAAUGUGUAUUAAUUUAUGAUAUCCAACAAAUUAAUACUUCUGCCUUAACUUGCAAUCAAUUGGGAAAAAGUCAUUAUUACACAGUAUAUGUUUUAGGUUGCCUACUUUCAAUAUGUCUGCAGUUAAACUAGCACAUAUACAAUUUUUUAUUAUUUGUUGCCACCUAUUUAAUAUAUAUUUAAUAUUUUAACCUAACAAUGCUAUAGUUACUACUAUUUUCCUGAUAUUCAUUGAAAGGCAAAGAAAUGCAUCUAAACAUUCCAAAGGCAUUCAACUGUUGCAUUGUGGAGAGGCUUCGAUCUUGAGCUGUAGUGGUAUGUUUGAUUACGACAUGAAAUGUAUGUUCUCCCAGCAGAAUGGCCUACUGUUUAGCUCUAAUCGAGUUACAAGGUGGGACAAGCUAAGAGACAAACUGUGGUGCCAUCACUUGAAUUUGGGGAGAUCAAUAAAGUUAUGUUAAAAAGUAAAAAACAUGCAUCUAGUCACAAGGUGAAGAUAUUUUGGUGGUGCAGUGGGUAGCACUUUCACCUCACAGCAAGAAGGUCUUGGGUUUUAAUCCCGCGCCUGCCUGGGCCUUUCUGUGUGGAGUCUGCAUGUUCUUCCUGUUUCCUCCUGGAUUUCCUCCCACAGUCCAACAACAUGCAGGAUAGGUUCAUUUAGUGAGUUUAAAUUGCCCCUAAGUACUCCUGCCUCUCGCCAAAUGCAUGCUGGGAUAGGGUCAAGCACAACCCUGACCAGGAAUAAGCAGGUUAAAUAAUGGAUGGAUAUAUUUUAGUAUAAUAUGGAAUUGCCAGCAGUGUCUCUUUACACAUGGAGCAAUGAAGCUGAAGUACAUGCAUUUUCCUGCCUGCCAGCGGCUAGUUCACAUCUUACAGGCCACGCAUUACUAGAAGAGCUAGCUCUGAUAGAAAGCUUUACGACUGUACAGUAAGCCUGAGGGCUCCAGGAUGUUGUUGGGAGACGCUGAUGCAAUAAGCUGAGGUUCUUUGGUCAGUUUACACUCUGCCAAACCGUGGAAGAAUGCCCUGCCACUGUAGACUCCCAGCCAUAAUCGGCAAAUGACCCAGCCAAGGCCUGAACCUGGCCACCAGGCACAGCCGGCGGUUGUGAUUGGAUUACGUAGGAUAUCACGUAUGAUUCACUCAAGCUUUGGUUAUGGUUCCAUACACCCUGAAGCUCUGAAGAUGCCUUCAGCAACAAUGUCAUUACAGUGCAUUUGUCUUCUUAACCUGUCCUGUACAUUGGAUUCCAGUAUAAGAUUAUUUUAGGUUUUUGAUGUUAUGUGUGUCUGUCUACACUGUGUCUGUUCUGAGACUGCAUUAAUUGAAUUCUCUGUUUUGGCUGUGUUGGUGCUACUCAUUGACUUGUGGGAAGUUGACAGUGGGCACCCUCUUUAUUAAAAAUAUGAGGAAUCUG